CGGCCCGCGCGAAUAAGCUUCGUGGGGGAAAGGCAAUCCGAUGCUCCGCCUGGCGCGUCGGGUGGCCUUUCGGCCGCUCGCUUCCGCUCGCGCGGUGGGUCGUGCUCCUUCGCUCACCGUGUCUCCGGCCGCGGGUGCGCCGGUGCCGCGAUCGAGCGACGAGGAGGAGAGCUGGGACCGGACGAUCGCUGCGGCGCUGCCCGCCGUCGUCGCCAUCAAGGUGAACCGCGUCCGAGCGUUUGACACCGCGUCGGCCGGCACAGUGCAGGCGACGGGCUUCGUCGUCGACGCGGAGCAGGGGAUCAUCCUGACGAACCGGCACGUCGCCGGGCCGGGGCCCGUGGUGGCGGAGGCCAUCUUCCAAAACAACGAGGAGGUCUCCCUCUCUCUCGCCUACUACGACCCGGUGCACGACUUUGCCUUUUUCCGCUUCGACCCCUCCGCGCUGCGGCACAUGAAGCCAACCGAGCUACGGCUGGCGCCAGAGCAAGCCGAGGUCACCUCCGAGAUCCUGAUCAUCGGCAACAACGCCGGCGAGAAGUGCUCCAUCCACCGCACCACUCUGGCGCGCCUCGACAGGAACGCGCCGCACUACUCGCGCUCCAGCUACAACGACUUCAACACAUUCUACUUCCACUCCGCCUCGGGCACCUCCGGUGGCUCCUCCGGCUCCCCCGUGCUCAACAAGCGGGGCUCCGCCAUCGCGCUCAACGCGGGAGGAAAGUCAGGCACCUCCGCCGGCUUCUUCCUCCCGCUCGACCGUGUGGCGAGGGCGCUGGAGCUGCUGCGGUCCGGCGCAGCAGUGCCUCGCGGCACACUGGAGAUGGUGGUGACGCACCAGACGUACGACGAGGCGCUGCGGCUCGGCCUGCCGCACGAGGCCGAGUCGGCCUUGCGCGCGGCGGGAGCAGCGCGCGGCGUUCUCGCCGUCACCGAGGUUCUGCCGGAGGGUCCUGCGGCGGCGGCGGGCGUGCAACCGGGCGAUGCUGCGCUCGAUCGCGCCGUCGGCGGCGCCGUCGCCGUCUCUCUGGUGCGCGGCGGCGAGGCGAGGGAGGUGGAAGUGCCGGUGGCGGACCUGCACGCGCUGACGCCGUCGUGCUACGUCGAGGUUGGCGGCGCGGUCGUCAACGAGCUGUCCUACCAGCAAGCGCGCAACCACGGCCUCCCCGCACGCGGCGUGUACGUGGCGCACCCGGGCUACAUCUUCCGGCAGGCACGCCUCUCCAAGGGCUCGAUCAUCCUCGCCGUCAACGGGCAGCCGACGCCCACCCUCGCCGCCUUUGUGGCGACGCUCGCCGGCGCGGCGCACGGCACGCCGCUCACGGUCCGCUACUCCGACCUGGGCGCGCGCGCGCACACGCAGCUGGUGUCGGUCCGGUACGACACAAAGUGGUUCGCGCCACAGUCCGGGCGGAGGCCUCCUGUCGGCGACUGGCAGACUGGGACGCUCGGGCAGGCGACGGGGUGGCUGAAUGCCGCCCAGCCGGACGCCACCGCGACGGGGAUGCGCUACCGAGGCACCGGCGUCGUCCUCGACGCCGCCGCGGGGUUGGUGGCGGUGGACCGAAACACCGUCACGUCGACCCUCGGCGACGCGUCCCUGACCCUCGGCGGGCGCGUGACCGUCGCGGCGCGCGUCGAGUACGUGCACCCGCUGCACAACUUUGCGCUCUUGAGGUACGACCCAGCCUGCGUGCCCGCGGACGUCAGGGUGUCCGCCGCCAAGCUGGCGCCGCGGCCGCUGCCGCCGGGUGCCGAGGUGGUGAUCGUCGGGCUGAAGUCGGGCCUCAACGAGGACAUCGACGCGUCGCGCCGCGUCGACUUUGUCUGCCGCCGCACGCGCGUCGCCAACUCUGGGUGGAUCAAGCUGCCGCUCCCCAACCCGCCGCGCUUCCAGGUGUACAACGCCGAGACGCUCGGCCUCGAGGUCGCGCCGCCCGUGGACGGCGGCGUGCUCGCCUCGGACGACGGCACGGUGGCCGCGCUGUGGGUCUCUUGCGCCUACCAGCCGGCGCCAAACCAGCUCGCGUCGCCAAUCUCGCUCGCGGCGGCCCGCCAGCUAGGCCUUGACGACGCAACACUCGCUGCGCACGCGCCGGCGGCGAGCGUCCUCCUCGUGACGCACGUGCAUGGGGCGGAGGCGGCGUCGCAGGCCAGUGCGUCGGUGCAGCUGGGCGUGGUACGUGACGGCGCGCCGUUCGCAGUGACGGCGCCGAUGCUGCCGUCGGACGGGCUGGGGACAACGCGCGUGCUGGGGUGGGCCGGGCUGCUUCUGCAGGAGACGCCGGACGCCGUGCGCGCGCAGCGGUCUGUGCCGGCGCAGGGCGGCGUCUACGCGUCGUACCGCUUCUACGGCUCGCCGUCGAGCCGGUACGACCUGUCCCCCACCUCGCACAUCAUCGAGGUGGACUCGGUGCCGACUCCGACCCUCGCCGCGCUGCUCGAGUGCACACGCGGCAAGGCCGACGGCGAGGUGGUCCGCGUCAAGACGGUCGACCUCGAGGGCCGCCUCCGCAUGACGACCCUGAAGCUCGACCUCAAGUACUGGCCGACCUUCACACUCUCACGCAGCGCGGCGGGCGAGUGGAGCCGCACAAUGGAGGCGCCGGCGGAGGCCGAGCAGGACGGACUCGGCUGAUCUCUCGGGGACGAUCUCGGGUCGAUCUCCGGUGACCUCGCUCGGGCGGAGCUGGAGGUGGGGGAAGAGGCGCGCGACGCCAGGCGCGGAGGUAUUGCGGGGAGACGGGAGGCGGACGGUAUUGCUUUGGCAUUGGGCCCCGCACGUAGACACUAUUGGUCGCGCUCGCCCCGAACGACGCCGCGAGGCUCUCAGUGGGCUGUGGCAUGUCCUCCCCGUCUCCUCUGUCCUGUGAGGGCGGCACCGUGAAAAAUAAGUCCGCUCUCUCUCU